AUGAACCCCCUCAAGAACUCGCGCUCCGCCCUCUCCCGUCUCCUCCGCCACAACCCCGCCGCCGGCCGGCCGCAGCCCCCGGCCCCUCCCCCGCCGGUGCCGCGGGAAACGGCCGCUCGGCACUACCACGCCGCCCCGCGCCGCCCAGGGUUCAUUCAGUCUUUCAGCCGAGGGCCCCUCCGCCACGAGCCCGCCGCCCUCUUCCGGCCGCUGCCGGCGCGGGCGCAGGCGCCGCCUCCCCGGCACUACUCCACCUCCUCGCGCCGCCCGGAGGUCAUCCACUUCGCGCGCCGCCGCGGCGGGGCGCGGUGGUACCACGACAGGCGGAAGGUCGCCGCGGUGGUCCUCCUCGCCGGCGGCGGGACAAUCGUCGUCUACUUCGGCAACCUCGAGACCGUGCCCUACACCAACCGCACCCACUUCGUCCUCGUCUCGCCCCAGCUCGAGCGCCAGCUCGGCGAGUCCCAGUUCGCUGAUCUCAAGAAGGAGCUCGCCCCCAAGAUCCUGCCCCCGCUCCACCCCGACAGCGUCCGCGUCCGCCUCAUCGCCUCCGAGAUCGUCCGCGCGCUCCACCGCGGCCUCGCCGACCGCCGCAGCGACGACUUCGAUGACGCCUCCUACGGCGACAUCUCCACCGACAUCGCCGUCAAGGCCCGGGACAUGGAUGCCGAGGACGUGAUGCAUCGGGUCUGGCCUGGCAAGACCGCGGGCACGGCCGCUAGGGCUCAGCGAGACGACGAGCUUCUCGAUGACAGGUGGGUCGCCGAGAGCCGGAGACGGGGGAAGGCACGCGGAGCGCAGCCACAGACGAAGCACCUCAAUGAGCUCAAUUGGGAGGUCAUCGUCGUCAGAGAUAAGCUCAUCAAUGCAAUGUGCUUGCCUGGUGGUAAAAUUGUAGUCUUCACUGGAUUGCUCGACCAUUUCAAGACAGAUGCUGAGAUUGCGACAGUGCUUUCGCAUGAGAUUGGGCACGCUAUCGCGAGGCACUUGCCAGAGAUGAUCACCAAGGGCAUGUGGUUUACUAUCCUGCAGCUUAUCGUCCUACAGUUUAUUUACAUGCCAGACCUAAUUAAUGCAAUGUCGACAUUACUCCUCAGAUUGCCCUUCUCACGAAGGAUGGAGGUAGAGGCGGAUCACAUCGGGCUCAUGCUUCAAGCUUCUGCUGGUUUCGACCCACGCACAGCUCCCAAGGUCUACGAGAAGCUAGGACAAAUCGCGGGCAAUCAGUCAGUGCUGAAAAGCUACCUCUCCACCCAUCCUUCGAGUAAGAAGCGAUCGGAGCUCUUGUCUCGAGCCAAGGUAAUGGAGGAGGCGAUGCAACUAUACAGGGAAGCUUGCGCCGGCCACGGGACCGAAGGCUUCCUGUAG